GCACCUGCUAUACCGGCCCACCCGUCUCCAUUGCACCUGCUAUACCGGCCCACCCGUCUCCAUUGCACCUGCUAUACCGGCCCCACUCGUCUCAAUUGCACCCUAUUCUCCGGCCCCCUCGUCUUCAUUGCACCUUAUGUAACCGGCCCACUCAUCUCCAUUGCACCUCAUUUACCGGCCCACUCGUCUCCAUCACACCCCAGUUCCCCGGCCCACUCGUCUAUAUUGCACUCCAUUCCUCCGGCCCACUCAUCUAUCACACACUGGAUUCACUACUACUAUUCAUAAUUUCCUAUAUAGUACAUUGCUAUACUACCAUCUAUACUAUAUACACCCGGCCCAUCCAUUUGCCUUGGACACUCCACCCCCUCGGCCCACUCGUCUAACAUGGUACAAUUAUUGCCAUGGGCCGGCACCGGGUGGCCCGUCUCUAUUGGUACAUUGUCACGCCCGGCUGCCCAUCUGAGACGGGUGAAUUCACUGAAGGGGCUCUCUUCUACAGGCGAUACUAUGUCAGCCUUCCUUGGACUUUUUCACCCAUGCAUUGAGGUCGAACCUGGUUCGAACGCGAACCAGACCUCCCAAAUGCGUUCAGAGGUGUUCGGUCCAGAGUUCGACCAACAGCCAAACCUGAACCUAGGGUUCAGUUUGGUGUUCGGAAAAUUUUGCCAGAGAACCGGACUGAACCGGACUUCGGCAGCACUACAUGGAAUGUGGUGUCCAAGACUCCAAAUAGCCUCAAACACUACUGGCAAUCUAAUCAAGGGCAAGAUCAUUAUCGUUGACUCGGAGACGAGUCUGGUCUACAUAUCAGAUGUUGCAGUGUGCGAAGCGAUGCGAUUGGACUUGUCGCAGGAGUUUAUGAACGGGAUUGGUACUAAUGUUCUUGUAUAUCUCCUUCAGGCCACAAACAUCAGCAACAAUGCACUAGAUCACUUGUUUGUCCAGAUUGUCGAACCAGAUUUCUUCUGGUCAGCGUUUAGUCAUGCUUUUGCUCGUGGAGAGCUCCUCGAAAAAGGACAAUUUGCCUUUGCUAGCCUCCUCCUUCAGCUGCUGAACCUCUCAAAUCAUGAUACGGCACCUUAUCUCGAACUAGCGGGUAGGCCAAAUGUGCUCUCUAAACUUACCAGCUCUACAAAAUUGGAGGUCCGGCUAAUUGGAGAGAAGAUUAAGCAUAUCCUUUCAACGUAUGGCUCAUCAGCCCCUCCUUCGGCUGCCAACGGCCCAGGCGGACGACACAACAAUGAUCUUGUCAAUUUUCGCGACAUCACUAUCCUUCCCACAUCCAAUGAAAUUCGAUCCAAACAGUCACCAUUUCUGCGCCGUAGCUCGGAGUUAGAGGAUGCAUCCGGAGAAAGCACUCGUAUCGCGGAUUAUCUCGACAAUACAUUUCAUCUUCUUCGCGAAGACAUGACAGCAGAGAUGCAGGAGGAACUUCAGGUGUUUGAAGGAAAGAACGUUAAGCGCCGCCGCGCUAACCUGAUAGACGGUGUCAUAUUGAAAGGGGUUUACUAUGGCACUGACGAUCAUAAAAUGCCGUGGGGAAUAACAUUGGAGUGUGUUGAGGACCUGCUGUCUCUGAAGCACAUUCCUCUGAAGGACAGGAAAAAAUAUCUCACAGAUGAUCAUACUGGCUCCAAGAUCCUUCGUCACCAGUCACUAGUCUGUGUGGUGGCUGAUGGGGAAGCGGUCGGCUUUGGCACUGUGAACCGAGUGGAAGAUCUCUUGGUCCGCAGCCCUCCUAUUGUCGUCAUUCAACUAGACGGGCGGGCGAGUACAAGUAGAACAAUCCUCCGGCUCCAUAAUGCCAAAGGUGCGAAGCUCCUACAGAUCGACACCGCUCUUUUUGCCUUCGAGCCGGUGCUUAAGGCAUUACAGAAGACGCAGCACAUCCCAGUAUCUGAUGAGCUGCUGUUCUGGAAGCAUGGUACCACUCUGCAGAGGCCCCCGCAGACCACAGAUGCCGUCAUCGCAGCCAUUGAAGCCAACCAUUCUGGAAACUUGCAACACUUGCUUCAGACUCCCAACCCCAUAAAUCUAGAUCGCUCGCAAGCCUCUUCUAUUCUUUCUGGCCUGAUGCAGAGGGUAUCCUUGAUACAGGGUCCUCCAGGAACCGGAAAAUCGUUUGUAGGCGCCCUCUUAGCCAAAGCUCUGCACAACUUCACCGAUCAAACAAUUCUUGUUGUGUGUUAUACCAAUCAUGCUCUAGAUCAGUUUUUAGAGGAUCUUUGCAAAAUUGGCAUUCCUGACGAUAACAUGGUCCGACUUGGGGGCAGAGCCACACCACAGCUCGCGCAUCUCAACCUCUUCAGUCCUUGCCAGAGAACCUCCCAGCCCCCACGGUCCAAGGCUGAUUGGAUGAUGAUCGAUGAAUUCAAGAACGAACUUCAGUUUCUCUGUCGUCGGCUUGACAACUCUGUUGCGGAGUUUGUGGCAAACAAGAUUCGUUAUGAGGACAUCUUAACGCAUAUUGAGUUCAAGGAUGAGGAUUAUUUUGAAGCUUUUCGUGUUCCCAAGUCAGAUGACGGCAUGACGAGGGGCAGACGUGAUGCGGUCAUCUUCAAGAAUGCAGCUCAUCUGCGGACGAACGAAGCAAAUCGCAUUUGGGCCACUCCCUUGCCUGUCCGCCAAACCUUGAUGACGAAAUGGACGCACGACCUUCAGGAGGAGAUGGUAGAUGAUAUUGGUGCUGUUGGCCGAGAUUACAAUACCUGUCAAAUACAACUCAGCCAGAAGUAUGGCGAGUCAUUGGUUGCGAUGCUCAUGGCUAAAAGGAUUGUUGCAUGUACAACAACGGGUGCUGCAAAAUUUACCGAAGACCUCCAAACUGCCGCUCCCGAUGUUGUCCUUGUGGAGGAGGCUGGAGAGAUUUUGGAGAGCCAUAUCCUGACUGCCCUUGGCGAAAACACCAAUCAGCUUAUCCUUAUCAGAGACCACAAGUCGCUUUUCGAGUGCCUUGUUCUGAAAGGAUUCCCCCACAUUACUCUCACCCAGCAACACCGCAUGCAGCCCGAAAUCUCCACGCUCGUUCACGAACUCACAUACCCUGAACUCACUGACGCUGCCGGCACUCGUGGCAGAGACAAUAUCCGUGGUGUCCAAGAUAUCAUCAUUUUUCUCAACCAUGCUCACCCCGAGGAUGGUGAUAUCAGAGUCAGCGAUCGCAACGAUCCUAGUUCUGUAACUUCAAAACAAAACUCCUAUGAAGUCAGCAUGGUUCUGAAGAUCGUCCGGUACCUUGCUCAACAAGGUUAUGGAACAGAUAAUAUCGUCAUCCUAACGCCUUAUCUUGGGCAGCUCUACAAGCUUCGGGAAGCUCUCAGGACAGACAAUGACCCGGUGUUGAAUGACCUCGACUCUUAUGACUUGGGAGAGGAAAGUGAUAUCGUGGUUGCUAGCUUGACACGAUCGAAUCCUGAUGCUGCUAUCAGCUUUAUGAAGUCCCCUGAACGUUUGAACGUCCUCUUGUCUCGUGCCCGGAAUGGUUUCAUUCUUAUUGGCAAUAUGGAUACAUUCCAGAGCAAAUCCCCUCUUUGGAGUGGUCUAUUUGAUCUUCUCAAACAGGCGUCACAUAUCUAUGAAGGGUUUCCUGUCAAAUUGGUACUAUGCUUAGUUGCAGCAUGCACCCUUGUCCUUCGAAGUGUCAUCAACUUGUUGAUCACUCCAAAGUGCUUUGUCAACAGUCAUUAUUCAGGGAAUGUGCGGCAGACGUCCACAAAGUUUCGUGGAAGUGUCAUUGAGGGCCUCCCAAAAAAUGCACACCAUGAGAAACGUGAUCUCGAGCAAGCUGCUCAUGAUACCCGAAUGGCUGAAGUGGAUGCAAGGCUUAAAGUUGAGGCCGACGCUAUUGCAGAUGCCAAUACUGCGAAGCAGAGAGAAGCUAUGAUCAAGCAGAAGGAACGAGAAAUUCAAGAGGCAAAAGUUCAUGUGCAGAAACCUGCAGGUUCCUCAAAGGACGGCAGUGCAAACACAUCCGAACCAUCAUCCUCUUUCACACAGAAAUCCUCUAAUCCUUCAUCUGCUCCUUCGCAACCUCCCGACCAACGAAACUCUGCCGCUCAUGAUGACUGGGAGUCACAGAAGAGGCUCUUGGGCGAGCAGAACGACGCGAUUGAUAGCAUCAUGGCGAUGACUGGACUGGAAGGAGUGAAGUCGCAAGUCUUAGAAACCAAGGAGAAGCUAGACUUGAUGAAACACCAGGGAACCCCAGCGAAUAAGGAGCGUCUGAAUCUUGCGCUCUUGGGAAAUCCAGGGACAGGGAAGACAACAGUCGCGAGUCUGUAUGCUCAGUUUCUCGAAUCGAUCCAAGUGCUUCCAGGGAACGCAUUCAAGGAGACAACAGGAGCGAGUCUGGCACAUGAUGGUGUCGGUGGUGCAAAGAAGCUCAUUGAAGAUGCUAUGAAACUCGGCGGUGGUGCCAUAUUCAUCGAUGAGGCCUAUCAGCUAGUUAGUGGACAGAGUGGUUCCGGUACCGACGUUCUCGACUAUCUGCUAGUGGAAAUGGAGAACCGGGUUGGAAGCCUGGUUUUCAUCCUUGCUGGGUACAGCCGUCAGAUGGAGAAAUUCUUCAAUCAUAAUCCAGGUCUUCCGAGUCGUGUCCCGCAUAGAUUCACCUUUGAGGACUACAGCAACAAAGACCUCCUUGACAUGCUCGCUGAUCUGGUGGAUAAACAAUAUAGAGGCCAGAUGAAGGUCGAAGAUGGCAUUCGAGGCCAUGGCCGCGGCCGCGAAGGCUUUGGCAAUGCCCGUGCACUGCAAAAUAUGUUUGCGCAGAUACACCAGCGACAAGCUGCGAGGGUAGGAAAAGAACGCAAGAACGGAUCAUCACCAGACGAUUUCUUGCUCGUUAAGGAGGAUCUCAUUGGUCCCAAUCCGGACACCGUUCUUCCGCACUGCCCUUCUUGGAUGAAGUUGCAAAAGCUUACUGGUCUUGAAUCCGUGAAGCAAUCUGUCAGCAACCUCUUCAAUCUCAUCAGGGCGAACUAUCAUCACGAGUUGGCAGAAAAGCACCCUCUUGACAUGGCCCUUAAUCGGGUUUUUCUUGGCUCCCCAGGUACUGGUAAGACCACCAUCGCCAAACUCUAUGGUCAAGCGCUGGCAGACCUAGGGCUUCUCAGUAACAGUGAAGUCGUGGUGAAGAAUCCUUCAGAUUUUGUCGGACAACAUCUCGGGCACUCUGAACAGAACACUAAGGCCAUCUUGGAGAGCACCGUCGGAAAAGUCCUGGUCAUUGAUGAGGCAUACAUGCUACACAGUAAGAAUGGUGGUGCCCAGGACCCCUACAAGACCGCCGUCAUCGACACCAUGGUUGCAGAGAUACAGAACGUGCUGGGGGAUGAUCAUUGUGUCUUACUUUUGGGAUACAAAGAACAGAUGGAGGACAUGUUCAAGGCAGGUCACCUACGACUUCGUGACUUCACCGAGCCCCAGCUACAGGAAAUAUUUGAAUGCAAGCUAAAGGAUCAAGACCUUGGUGCAACAGAGAAAGCAAAAGCAAGUAGCCAUGGGUGUUCUGAGCUGAAGAAAGAACCGUCUGAACUUUGGAAAUGGAGGAGAAAUCGAUAUCUAAAGCGACAGACAUCGACACCUUCCCAUAUGUCUCUGGAUAUUAUCUUCGAACCAGAAGACUUUGAUCCUAAGUGGGACUGCAAUCAGCACGCUGCAGCAAACUUGGUUCAGUUGUUUGAAGAUAUGGUUGGAUGUGAAGCCGUUAUCCAGAAGCUGGGAGAUUAUCAGAACAUGGCUCAAGGGAUGAAAGCAUUGGGACUGGAUAUGCGCAAGCAAAUUCCUACCAGCUUCAUUUUCAAGGGACCCCCUGGAACCAGAAAGACGACCAUCGCAAGGAAAUUCGGUCAAGUUUAUUAUGACAUGGGCUUCCUCGCGUCGACCGAACUGGUAGAGUGUUCUGCGUCGGAUCUCGUUGGCGAGUAUGUUGGCCAAACAGGUCCCAAGACGAAGAAACUUUUCGAGAAGGCCAUCGGCAAAGUCCUCUUUGUAGAUGAAGCCUAUCGCCUCAGCCAAGGACAUUUUGCACAGGAAGCCAUUGAUGAAAUCAUAGGGCUGAUGACCAACAAGAAGUUCAUGGGUAAGAUGGUCAUCAUCCUAGCAGGAUACGAGAAGGAGAUGAAUCAGCUUUUGGGCGCGAACCUCGGUCUUUCCAGUCGAUUUUCUGAGGAUUUCAUUCUGCCUAAUAUGUCGUCAUCCCGAUGCCUCGACCUGCUUGACAAGGAGCUGCGCAGGUCAAAGGUUGUCGUCCCAGGGCUGUCUGAUCCAUCGUCAUCACUGCACAAGGAGAUGCUAAGCAUCAUCGUUGAUAUGGCGAGCCUCGACAACUGGGGUAAUGCACGUGACGUAAAGUCUAUUGCUAAAAAGUUAGCUCACCCUGUGUUCAUCUCAGCUGGGAAAGCUCCAGGGGGUUUACUGGUUGUUGCACCAGAAGAUGCGUUGAGUAUCAUGAGAAAUCUGCUCUCUGAGCAGCGAGAACGUCUCAUCUUGCCAAGCAAGGUUGUGCCAUCGGCCACCAGCGUCCCACAGAUGGCUAUGUCAAAAAACUCCGCACCUCCUCCUCCUUCGACUUCUCAGAGCGUGUCCACUACAGCUCCUCCAAAACCUCCCACUUACUCUGCUACUCGUAAACGUAAACGAACACAACAACCUCCAUCCAACAAGGAAUCCCCACCAGCUCCUCCAAAACCUCCCACUUACAAACCUCCUGCUACUCGUAAACGCAAACGAACACAACAACCUCCAUCCAACAAGGAAUCCCCGCCAGCUCCUCUAAAACCUCCUGCUACUCGUAAAUGUAAACGAACACAACAACCUCCAUUCAACAAGGAAUCCCCGCCAAACACUACGGCUUCAUCCCAGGUUAGUGCCAUAAACAACACAGAGACAGGGAAGAGAUCAUUAAAACAGAGUUCAACUUUGCUUGCCCAGACAAACGAUCAAGUGCAAUGGGAUCCCGGCGUAGAUGAUGCUACCUGGGCACAACUACAGGCGGAUAAGGCAGCUGCGGAAGCAGCCGAAAAGGAUGCUGCUGAAGAGUUGCGCAAGCGUCAUCUCGCGCAGCAGAAGGCCCUGAACAAACUACGAGCUGCAGAAGCUGCUGCGCGGAAACUCGCACAGAAAGUAGCGAAGGAUAACGCCACCAACAAUGAGCUCAUGCACCAGCGAGAGGCCACUCACAUCCGAGAACUAGAGGCUAAAGCCGCUCGAGAGAAGGCCAUAGCCGCACUGAGGGAGAGCAGAGGAAGACAGGAAAAAGCGCGAGGAGGCUAG